UCGGCGGCUCUCUUUCUCUCGUCUCCCCUUUCCCACCACCCGUCGCCGUCCUCGCGCAGCGGCGCCGCCUCCGCCGAUCACCGUCGUCUGUCCCCGCGUAUUUUCCUUCCCCGCAGACCCGCGGGACUCGUGCGAUUGGGCGCCGCGCCCCAUCGAGAGUGCCCCCAUCGCGUCUUUUCCCCCGAGAAACCUAUUUAUACUCUUGAAGUGGCACCGCUUCCGACACGUCUCCCGGGGAAAUGCCUCGAAAAGUUAAUUAUGGACUUGACUAUGAUGAUGACUAUGAUACUUAUAAUGACUAUGAUGAUUAUCAAUAUGAACAUGAAGUAGAAGAAGAUGGCUAUGACUAUGAUCAUAAUGUGAAAGGAGAUUACAUCACAUCUCACCCUGAUAAAACUGCUAGCGAGCCAGGAAUGUGGCAAUGCUCAAUUUGCUCAUAUGAUAACGAUGAGACUUCGUUUUGUUGCGACAUUUGUGGAGCUAUUCAAGUUUAUGCUUCCAAUUAUGGCAAAGAAAAAGUACACGGUGCAAGCAGAGAUUCAGGAGCACCCGUGAUGGCCAUGUCCCAUGCACAACUAUCUACUUUAACACCCAAAAGCAAUAUUCUGCCUGAUGACUUUCAGAACAAAGAGGCCAGUUUGUAUGAGAAAGUUGACAUAGUAAAGCCAGCAUCCAGCAGGGCGAAAUCCAACAAGGGAAAGGAGGUUAAAGUUUUAUAUCCACCAGAUAAUAAAAUACUUGUGUCAUCUGCUAAACUAUCAAAUACCAGUUGUCUCGAUGAAAGCGAGAGUAGUCAGAGCAGUUCUUCCAGGGAAAAUGUGGAUACAUCAACAACAUUGAGCAGAAAUCUUGCACGGGUGAAGUUGGAUAAAAAUCCUUUUCAUAGCAGCAAAGUUAAUUCAGAACCUCAGUACAAACCAGAGGAAUGGAUGUUGCUGGACAAAGAACAAGGAACUCUGAAGCAGUUAAAUCUUGCAAUAGUUGGUCAUGUGGAUUCUGGAAAAUCAACAUUAUCUGGGAGGUUGCUACAUCUUUUGGGAAAAGUAUCGAAGAAAGAAAUGCACAAAUAUGAGAAAGAGGCUAAAGAAAAGGGUAAAGGUUCAUUUGCUUUUGCAUGGGCAAUGGAUGAAAGCUCUGAAGAGAGAGAAAGGGGCAUAACUAUGACAGUUGCUGUUGCCUAUUUUGACUCCAAGAAGUUUCGUGUUGUUUUACUUGACUCUCCUGGCCACAAAGAUUUUGUGCCAAAUAUGAUCUCAGGUGCUACACAAGCUGAUGCAGCUAUUCUUGUUGUUGAUGCAUCCAUUGGCUCCUUUGAGGCAGGUAUGGACGGUCAUGGUAUUGGGCAGACAAAGGAGCAUGCUCAACUUGUCAGAAGUUUUGGUGUUGAGCAAAUCAUUGUCGCUAUAAAUAAGAUGGAUGCUGUGGGAUACUCAAAGGAAAGAUAUGAUUUUAUAAAAUCGAAACUUGGUUCAUUCCUUCAUUCCUGUGGAUUUAAGGAUUCAUCAAUCAUUUGGAUUCCUCUUAGUGUUGUGGAAAACCAAAAUUUGGUUACAGCCACUUCUGAUGUUCGCUUAUCUUCCUGGUAUCAUGGUUUAUGUCUGUUGGAUGCAAUAGAUUCGUUAGAGACACCUUUAAGGGAUCUUUCAAAGCCACUUAUUCUUCCUAUAUGUGAUGUCAUCAAGACAUCAAUGGGACAGGUUGCAGCCUGUGGAAAGUUGGAGACUGGAGCUCUUCGAAUUGGUUCAAAGGUUUUAGUUAUGCCACUUGGUGAAUUAGCUACGGUACGGUCCAUCGAGCGAGACUCGAUCAACUGCAAUUUGGCAAGAGCUGGUGACCAUGUAGCUGUUACCUUACAAGGCAUCCAGUCCAGUCAUGUUAUGCCUGGUGGGGUGCUCUGUCACCCUGAUUAUGCAGUGCCUGUGGCUACAUAUUUGGAGCUAAGGAUCCUUGUCUUGGACAUUACGACACCAAUUCUAACUGGAUCCCAGGUUGAAUUUCAUAUACAUCAUGCAAAAGAGGCUGGAAGAGUGGUGAAGAUGGUAGCACUGCUGGACCAGAAGACUGGAAAGGUCUCUAAAACCACACCACGCGUCCUCAAAGCAAAACAAAGUGCUAUCAUAGAGGUCAAAUUGAAUGGAGCAGUAUGUGUGGAGGAGUUCUCGAAAUGUCGAGCCCUUGGAAGGGUAUUCCUACGGUCUUCAGGAACUACAAUUGCUGUUGGUAUUGUGACCCGUGUACUCAAGCAUGAAUAGGAUCUCUUCCGGACAAAGCGGACGCCUAGAGAUGCCGGCAUUAGAAGAUUUUGGUAGCCAACCUUCAUUUGGUUUGUUAAGUAAUUUGUACAUUAUCGAACAAUGUACCACUUGAUGAGCUAUUUAUUUAUGUUCGGGAGCAAUUAUAUUUUUUGUCCAUUUAUAAUCGUUAUGAAUAUUCAAUAAAUACUAAUCCUGCAAUUAUGACCAUUUUGAAUGGAUAUUGAUAAGAACUGGAUGUAUCUC